AGAAAUCAAUGGAUCCUUAUGUGAAAGAUCCACACCUGAAAACUUUAGGGAUAUGGUGUUUUUCAGAAGGGUUUGGCUGACAAUUAGUAAAAGUAGAGGUUUGGGUGAAGAACGAGUAUAAGUAGCCCUCAAUCCAUGGUAUCGAUGGCUAACUGAUAUAAACUAACUACUAAUUACAUCAAUUAAUCUGAAUAAUAACUAAGAGUAAAACAAGAUGAGCAAAACAUGAAACAAGUCUGGAAACCAUGUUCUCUUUAAUACCUAACGGUCGGGGCGAACAUUAGACAUGAAUAUCUGAAGAUAGUUUAACUAAACUUUGAGUAGACCUUAAAAGACAUAUAAAACAACAUACUUA